AUGGCGACACCGGCCAUGACGGGAGGGUGUGUAAUGAUGAUGAUAAUGGUGAUGAGAAAGGAGGAGGAGGAGGAACAGCAACAGAAAUAAAACCCGUGUGGGUAAGCUAAGAGAGAGUGAAGAAGAGGGACCGAAAGGGGCUCAAGAGACGAAGGAGAAGAGAAGUAAAGAAGCUUCGAACAAGUUGUUUCUGACAUUUUUCACCUUGGUUGACAUCAACGAGCAUCGGGUAUCACUGGAGGGACCUCGCCGUGGGUUUGGUUUACCCUCCUUCCCUCUUCUCCCCCACCCUUGCACCCACUUGCCUCGUCUGAAUGACUCGGUGAAAACAUGCCUGUGGUGUCGACAAACACGGAUCUACAUGAGACCCUGGCCCUGCUCACCUCUCAGCUUCACCCUGAUGCCAACCACAAGGAGGACCUGGUCUUCCUUAAAGGCGUCUUUACUGAGAAAAGCCUCGGCUACCUCAUGAAGAUCCACGACAAACUGAAGCAGUAUGAGAAGCAGAGUCCAUCCCCAGUGCUGCACAGCGCCUCCUGUCUGGCGGAGGAUCUGACAGAGGAGCUCCAGGAUGGGCCGCUUGAAGAGGAUGAGAAAGAGUUACUUCUCCUACUGAGUGCUCCUCACCUUAAGGCUGUGCUGUCCGCCCACGACACGGUGGCCCAAAAGAACUUUGACCCGGUGCUGCCGCCCCUCCCAGAGGAUGUGGACGAUGACCUGGAGGAGGAGUCUGUGAAGAUUGUGCGCCUGGUGAAGAACAAGGAGCCUCUGGGGGCGACAAUCCGGCGGGACGAGGUCACGGGGGCUGUUAUUGUGGCUCGGAUCAUGAGGGGAGGGGCCGCCGACCGCAGUGGUCUGGUGCACGUGGGGGAUGAGUUGCGGGAGGUCAAUGGCAACCUGAUAACCCACAAACGGCCGGAUGAAAUUAGUCACAUUCUGUCCCAGUCCCAAGGCUCCAUCACACUCAAAAUCAUCCCGGCCAUCGUGGAAGAAGACAAGAUGAAGGAAAGCAGGGUCUACCUGAGAGCUUUAUUUGACUACGUGCCCUUUGAGGACCGCGCCACGCCCUGUCAGGAGGCGGGACUUCCUUUUAAAAGAGGGGACAUCCUUCAGGUGGUGAGUCAGGAGGAUGCUACCUGGUGGCAGGCCAAGCGAGUGGGAGACUGCAACCUGCGAGCCGCCCUCAUACCCUCCACUCACUUCCAGGAAAGGCGCCUGAGAUACCGUCGGAAGACCGGCACCUUCCCAGGCUCCGUGUCCCCCAAAGUGACCACAUACGAGCGGGCUGAACAAGAGGACGCCAAUGUUGAGGGGAAGGACAUCGCUGGCCUGCGCAGAAGUUUUCGGCUCAAGAAGGAGCGCCAGAAUUCGCCGGGAGAACCUCGGACUCCGGACGCCGAUCAUUCCGAUUUCCUGAUUUACGAGGAAGUCACGCUUUAUGUGCCGCGUCCCGGGGAACGGCCUCGUCUCAUCGUGCUGCUAGGAUCCCUCGGCGCUCGAAUCGCCGACAUCAAACAGAAAGUGAUUGCCGAGAAUCCUCGACUUUACGGCCUGGCCGUGCCUCACACCACGCGACCCAGGAAGAGUCACGAGCGGGAAGGCGUGGAGUACCACUUCGUCACCAAAGCGGCGUUCGAGGCGGACAUGCGCCACGGCAAAUUUAUUGAAUACGGGGAAUAUAAGGAGAACCUCUACGGAACCAGUUUGGAAUCCAUUCACAGCAUUCUGGAUCAGAACAAGAUCUGCCUUGUGGACGUGCAACCUGAGGCACUCCCGAUUCUUCGUACAUCUGCGUUCAAGCCCUUCAUCAUCCUGGUGAGACCCUCCGUGUUCGACAGCGAGAAGAAAUCUCUCAGCUCUUGUUCCUCGCUGCACAGCAUGGCCAUCACGGAGCAUGACAUCCAGGACAUGAGACAGUCGGCGGAAAAGAUGGAGCAGUGCUACGGUCACUGGUUGGAUUACGUGCUGGUCAAGGAGGACCCCGUCAGUGCCAUAGCGGAACUGCAUGUGAUUUUGGAGCGAGUGCGCCUGGAGCCUCAGUGGGUGCCCGUGUCCUGGGUAAGGACCUAGCUAACACGUCUAAGUUGCCAAACUGGCCAUUCCAUGCUUUGUAAAUGUUCACUGUGUAGUGUAGCGCUAGCGUAGCUUAGCGUAGUGGUUGUGGCAUCAACUUGCUACAAAGUGCCAAAAGAAAAAUAAUACAUAUCGGCAGCUACUUAACUGUUUGUUUUUUUUUGUGUUCCUAGUGUUUGUUGAUAAUAAUGAAGUCUUUUCAAAUGACACUCUUGUGGGCUGUUUAUUUUAGGACAACACAUAGAAAGAAGCAAAAGGCAGGAAAAUAUACAUGUGAUAAGACAGCAGGUUACUUCCACAGCUUCUUGAUGGACAUGUUCUUCUCACUGUCUUUCUGCAUCACCUGGAGGGGCGGGGGAAGACACAGAGGAAGAGUCAGCCAAAAUAUUAGGUACCCUAGCAUUCAUGUGUAAGAAAAAUAUAGAUGUGCUCAGUUCUGUUUUAACAAAUAUUACAACUAUAAUUGCUCUAAUUACCUAGUGCAGUGAUUUUCAUCAAGUGUGCCGUGAGGAAUUAUUCAUUAUCAC